AGCUGGGGUCGCGCUGUUUUUCGGCCAUGGCCUCGGAGAAGCGGCUCGAGGUGGUGACUUGCACCGCGCCGGUCAACAUCGCGGUCAUCAAGUACUAUGGUGGCGGUAAAUCCCCAGCCAACGAAUGCUGCUCGUCCCAUCACCCGCUGUGAGGAGUGCUCAGCGCACAGGCAUGCACAUGCCUGGCCCCCUCCUAGGAGGUCCCUGCCCUGCAUUCUCUGCCAGGAGAUGGGAGUAUGGGCCGUGCCUUGGGUAGUAGACGCCCGUGGGGUGUUCCCACUGCCUGAGCCCGGCCCGCCUUGGCCUUCACCUCCAGCAAAGCCCCUGCCCUGAGUGGGCGCCCAGGAGGGACCAGGGCCAGAAAGGCCCCUGCAGAGAGGGGUGCUUGGCCGAUGCCCGCCACCCAGGAGGCCCUGCACUUUCUUUCCCAGUUAAAAACCACCACAACGGCCGCCAUCAGCAGGGACUUCACAGAGGACCGGAUUUGGCUAAAUGGCCGGGAAGAGGACGUGGGGCAGCCGCGCCUCCAGGCCUGCCUGAGGGAGAUCCGUCGCCUGGCCCGCAAGCGGAGGAGCGACGGCCACGAGGACCCGCUGCCCCUCAGCCUCAGCUACAAGGUGCACGUGGCCUCGGUGAACAACUUCCCCACGGCCGCGGGCCUGGCCUCCUCAGCGGCAGGCUACGCCUGCCUAGCCUACGCCCUGGCCCGGGUCUAUGGCGUGGAGAGCGACCUGUCGGAAGUGGCCCGCAGGGGCUCGGGCAGCGCCUGCCGCAGCCUGUACGGCGGCUUCGUGGAGUGGCAGAUGGGGGAGCGGGCCGACGGGAAGGACAGCAUCGCCCGUCAGGUGGCCCCCGAGUCACACUGGCCGGAACUCCGUGUCCUCAUCCUCGUGGUGAGCACCGAGAAGAAGCCGACGGGCAGCACGGCGGGCAUGCAGACCAGCGUGGAGACCAGCGCCCUGCUCAGGUUCCGGGCCGAGGCGCUGGUGCCGGCACGCAUGGCCGAGAUGACCCGCUGCGUCAGGAAGCGCGACUUCCAGGCCUUUGGCCAGUUGACCAUGAAGGACAGCAACCAGUUCCACGCCACCUGCAUGGACACCUUCCCGCCCAUCUCCUACCUCAACGACACGUCCCGGCGCAUCAUUCACCUGGUGCACUGCUUCAACGCGCACCACAGGCAGACCAAGGUGGCAUACACGUUUGACGCAGGCGCCAACGCUGUGAUCUUCACCCUGGACGACACUGUGGCCGAGUUUGUGGCUGCCGUGAGGCAUAGCUUCCCCCCCGAGUUGAACGGAGACAAGUUUCUGAAGGGGCUGCCCGUGGAGCCUGUCCCGCUCUCGGAUGAGCUUAAGGCUGCGCUGGGUACGGAUCCCACCCCCGGCGGCAUCAAAUACAUCAUUGCCACUCAGGUGGGACCCGGGCCUCAAGUCCUGGAUGACCCUGGCGCUCACCUCCUGGGUCCCGAUGGUCUGCCGAAGGCAGCCGCCUGACCGCCUCCUCGACGGAGCCCUGGCCGCCGCUGGGAGAAGAGGCCGCUUUGCUGGGACUGGGAACCGGCUGUGGCGGCCGCCCGGCCGUGCUUGUUGGGAUUUGUGGGUGGCCGCCUGGCUCCGGGCCGGGCAGUGUGCUGUGGCCGAGUUGGACAGUGGGAUGACGCCUGCAGGUGCCCAGGCGGUCAGGAGCGGGGCCGCCAGGUGCCUCACCUUUCCCCGACCUGCGCCCAGCACCUUGCUGAGAUGGGAGCCUGGUUCCGGAUCCAAGCACUGGGGGACCGAGCCGGUCAGUGGGGAGCUGCCGGUGCAUCGACAAUAAAGGGCUCUGGCCCUGAACUCGGGGGUCACUCCCACUGCCCCCAACAGCAGCUUGACCACUGGAAAUGACGGCGUGUCAGGGGUCCCCCCUUGGAGCUGGAGCACGGGCCACCGCACAGGGUGCGACCUCAGGACACCCCCGUGAAGUGCUCCGCCUGACCCUGAGCCCAGGCCCCCGAGUGGGUACAGGGUGUCUUCACAGAAAGACCAGUGUUGUGUCUGUGGGGACCGGGGAGCAGCGCCAAGGCCACAGUAAAGGCAGUUCCACAAGCA